CAUCAUGAACGGAUUGAUCGUAACCGCUUGCUUGUUCGUUACCGUAACUGUAACGUCAGCUUUCAACCCCGCACAAGGCCUACCAUGUCACGUGGUAACAGCAGCCCGAGGUCGGUGUUUUCAAGGAGGAUGCCCCAGUAAUUACAGACCGUCCAAAAUAACCAACCCAAAUAUCUGUUCUAGUGAGAGGGGUUUGUACCCUUCAGUGUGCUGUGAACCAUACCCUGCCGUGAACAACCCUACAGACCCUUGGAAUACAAGCCCUCCUAAUCCCACAACUAGACAAGAUAUCGACAAUAUCUGUGGACGCUCUAAAUCUCAGAGAAUCCUUGGUGGUACCAAGAGUGCCGAGUGUGCUUGGCCAUGGCAAGUGUCUAUCCGAGGUAACACUCAGGGCAAUGGAUACACUACCUAUGAGAACAGUUUACCUCUGUGUGCCGGAGUUCUGAUUGAUCGACGAUGGAUUCUAACUUCAGCUUAUUGUCCGUUAUUAGCUGGUUACGGUAACGGGGCUACCGAUGUGAGUAAAAACCUACUGGUAGUAGUCGGAGAGAAUAAUAUUGAUAAAAAGGAGGCCAACAAUGUGUAUGGUCAAAAGAAGGAACAAAUCAUCUCUGUGACCCGUCAUUUUACCCACCCUCUCUUCAAAUACAGUAAUCCCAGCGGCUACCCUCAGUUACUUAAUCUUAACAGUGCCGAGGUUUCACCAUACAAUGUGGCCUUGUUGCGACUUAGUCAAGAUGUUCAAUUUGAUGAAUGUCGUAAACCAGCCUGUCUUCCUCCGAACCUCAACAUCAACAACAGAGCUUACUACCCUAAUACCUACCAACAGAACACCAAUCAACAGUACCAAUACCAAAACCAAUACCAGAAUCAGUUCCAAAACCAAAAUCAGUUCCAAAGGAACCAACAGGAUGAGAAAUGUGGUAGAAAGGAUUGCUAUGUCGCUGGCUGGGGAUUGUAUGAUAACACUACUUAUUCUUCCUUCUUACUUCAAACUCAAGUCCAACUCUUCCCAACAGACGUCUGCGAUGCUAUUUAUAGAGCUUCCGGUUUGAACAAACGCCCGGAUGCUACCUCGUGCGCUGAACCUCUUAACAGAGGCAAAGUACCUUGUGUCGGUGAUAACGGUGGUAUGUUGGUUUGUAAUGAAAAUGGAAGAUGGACAUUGAAGGGAAUCAUCUCUAAAUCAUUUGUAGAAUGUGACGACAAGAAACCAAUCACCGUCGCUGAUGUGACUGACAAUCAGAUUCGACGCUGGAUCGACUACAUCCGGGAUUCUAACACUACUUUCUAAGCAAUCAAAUUUAUACCAUUUUAAGACGCGGACCUAUGAGGAAGCACGUAUAAAUUAUUAUCGUUGUUUAUUAUUAUCAUUCUCUUAAUAUUAUUUUUAAAACAGAAAAUUACUACUAUUAAUGUUUUACACAGACAUCAUAUAAAUUUUGAAUUGUAACGCGGACCUAUGAGGAAGCACUUUCACUCUGUAAAGUUAGUUCAUACGUAAAGAAUAGAGCCAGCAUUACCCAUAUAUAGCACGACUACCAUUAUUCCAACCGAAUCAUUUGAAUACCUUUACAUUUGCAGUCCUAAAUACCUCGUUUUUUUUUACCAUAAAUUGUAAAUACCGAAUCCAAACCUAAUCUUUUUAUUCACUCCAUUUCUCUAGCUCCGACCUCUGUUUAUUAUGAAUUAUAGCUGUUUAUUUUAACAGUUCUGUUAUAAACCAAUGAUCUACUGUUUCUAACAGCGGUGAACGUUUAAACAGAACUAUAGUAAUAAAGGUUAUAUUUUUGAA